AUGGCGUCCAAGGCUACUGUUAUCGUCAAGAACAUUUCCGCUUCGACCAGCGACAGCGAGGUCAAGGACUUUUUCGUCUUUUGCGGCAAGGUCACUGACAUCAAAAUCAACACCGAGGGCGAGACCAAGACCGCAGAGGUCACCUUUGAGAAGGAGACGGCCAUGAAGACGGCCCUCCUCCUCACCAACACGCAGCUGGGCCCCAACCACAUCACCAUCGCCAGCGCCAGCGGCUCCGCGCCGGGCGACGACGUGGCGCACGACGGCAAGGAGCGCGACUCUGACGAGAUCACGCAGGAGGAGAAGCCCCGCGCGCGCAUCCUGGCCGAGUACCUCGCCCACGGCUACGUCGUCGGCGAUGCCGCGAUAGAGCACGCCAUCACGCUCGACACCCAGCACAACGUCUCGACGCGCUUCCUCGGCACCAUCCAAAACCUUGACGCCAAGUACCACGCCACGGACCGCGCCCGCGCCACUGACCAGAGCUACGGCAUCACGCAAAAGGCCAACAAUUUCCUCACCGGCCUCGGCUCGUACUUUGAAAAGGCCAGCACCACGCCCACCGGCCGCAAGAUUGCCAACUUCUACACGGCCAGUUCGCGCCAGGUCCAGGACAUCCACGCCGAGGCCCGCCGCCUCGCCGACCUCAAGAAGGAGGAGCACGGAGGCAGCGCCUACAAAGCCGCCGGCCUUGAGCGCGUCUUUGGCCAGCAAAAGCCCAAGGAAGAGACUGGCGCCGCCGGCACUGCUGAUGCGACUCCUGCUGCUACCACGGGUGCUGCUGCACCCGUGCCGGCUGACACCAAGACUGGUUAA